GUCAUGUGGCGUCGGGCCGGCCGCCUCCCGGGCGCGUCGUCGCGGGUCGCCGCCCUGGCCGUGGCGCUGCUGGCGUCGCUGUCGCGCUGCUCGCGGCCGGAGCCGUCGGAGCCCGGCGCGGCGGUGGCGUCGGCGCUCAGCCCCUACUUCGGCACCAAGACGCGCUACGAGGAUGCGCAGCCGGGGCUCGGGCCGCGGGCGGCCGAGGAGGACCGUGAAGGCGGCGCGUGCACGCCCGUGCAGCUCGUGGCGCUCAUCCGCCACGGCACGCGCUACCCGACGGCCAAGCAGAUCCGCAAGCUGCGGCAGCUGCACGCCGUCCUGCAGAGCCGCGGGCCCGGCGCGGGCGACGAUGGCCUGGGCGCCGACCUGGCCCGCCGGCCCCUGUGGUACGCCGACUGGAUGGACGGGCAGCUGGUGGACAAGGGCUGGCAGGACAUGCGGCAGCUCGCCCGGCGCCUCGCCGCGCGCUUCCCGGCCCUCUUCAGCCGCCACAACUGCCGCAGCCGCCUCCGCCUCGUCACCAGCUCCAAGCACCGCUGCGUGGACAGCGGCGUGGCCUUCCUGCAGGGCCUGUGGCAGCACCACCACCCCGGGCUGCCUCCGCCCGACGACGUCGCAGAUAUGGAGUGCGUACCUCCAAGAAUUAAUGAUAAACUAAUGAGAUUCUUUGACCAUUGUGAGAGGUUUUUAAAUGAAGUGGAAAAGAAUACUACUGCUCUUUAUCAUGUAGAAGCCUUUAAAAAGGGACCAGAAAUGCAGAAAAUUUUAAAUAAAGUUGCAGCUACUUUGCAAGUGCCAGUCAACAAUUUAAAUGCAGAUUUAAUUCAGGUUGCUUUUUUCACCUGUUCAUUUGACCUGGCAAUCAAAGGUAUUAAAUCUCCUUGGUGUGAUGUUUUUGAUAUAGAUGAUGCAAAGGUAUUAGAAUAUUUAAAUGAUCUAAAACAAUAUUGGAAAAGAGGAUAUGGUUAUACUAUUAAUAGUCGAUCCAGCUGCACCCUGUUUCAGGACAUUUUUCAGCACAUGGACAAAGCAGUUGAAGAGAAUCAAAGGUCUCAGCAAGUUUCUUCUCCAGUCGUCCUGCAGUUUGGUCAUGCAGAGACCCUCCUUCCUCUGCUUUCUCUCAUGGGCUACUUCAAAGACAAGGAGCCCCUAACUGCUUACAAUUACAAGGAACAAACGCAUCGGAAGUUCCGAAGUGGUCAAAUUGUCCCCUAUGCUUCAAAUCUGGUAUUUGUUCUUUACCAUUGUAAAAACGCUAAGACUCCUAAAGAAGAAUUCCAAGUGCAGAUGUUAUUGAAUGAAAAGGUGUUACCAUUGGCUUACUCACAAGAAACCGUUUGCUUGUACGAGGACCUGAAGAACCACUAUCAGGACAUCCUUCAAGGUUGCCAUGCCAGUGAAGAAUGCGAAUCUCCAAAGAUGAACAGCACAUCUGAUGAGCUCUGAGGAACCAAAGAACAUUUAUCUUUUUUUUCCCCGUAUAAGCACAUGCUUUGAAUAGGGGGGGCAGUCUUGAGUUAAGAGAAAGCUUUCACAUUAUUUGGUAUUUCUGUCUUUUUACAGGAAAACAUGUUUAUUU